AUGGUGAGAAAGAGUAAGGGAAGGCAAAAGGUUGAAAUGGCGAAGAUGAAUAAUGAAAGCAAUCUCCAAGUCACUUUCUCCAAACGUCGAGCCGGACUUUUCAAGAAGGCGAGUGAAUUGAGCACUCUAUGUGGGGCUGAGAUUGCUAUUAUCAUCUUCUCACCCGGUCAGAAGGUCUUCUCUUUUGGCCAUCCUUGUGUCCAAACUGUGUUGGAACGUUUUGUUAGUGGUAAUCCACCACAAGCUGCAUCUGGAACCAUGAAACUCAUUGAGACUCAUCGGAACACUAGUGUCCGUGAGCUAAAAAUGCAGCUCACUCAGGUUCUUAACCAACUCGAAAUCGAGAAGAAGCGAGGCGAAGAGCUUAACCAUAUGAAAAAGGCAAAUGAGAAUCAAUGUUGGUGGAUGGCUCGCAAGAACGAUAUGAGCUUGACACAACUUCAACAACUGAAGGCCUCUCUCGAUGAACUGAAGAAGAAUGUGGCUAAGCAUGCUGAGAAGAUUUUGAUUCGUACCCAAAAUAAUAAUCAUCCUCAUCAUCAUCUUCCU